AUGACUGUGCCAGAGAAAAGAUUACAUGAAGAUGGAGAUGGAGACGGAGAUGGAAGUGGAGCUAAUGAUACGACUGCCUUAGAGGAGAAGAGACAGAAUACUCAACCGUAUAUCAAGGGCAUUGCUGGUAUAAAGCCAGAGUUUCUUGCCCCAAUAUCCUCUUUGUCUAGUACGUACACAGAAUACAACGAUGAUGAAGCUGAAGGAGGAGAUAGGGAUAAAAAUGGACUGCAAAAUGGUAAUGGUGACAAAAGGAGAAAGAAGGAACGUGGUCAAAACCAAAAACGUGAUUUAAAGCAAAAGAGAGAUACAGUUCGAUUAUGUGUUUCGUUGAUUGAUCCCGAGGAUGAAAGUACCCCUUGUGUUGCUGGAGAUGAAGAGAAAUGCAAGUAUUCUCACAACUUGGAAGAGUACUUGGCAAGUAAACCAAAAGAUAUUGAUGGGAUGUGUCCCGUAUUUGAAGCUUUGGGAUAUUGUCCAACGGGCAUGAAGUGUAGAUGGUUACACUCGCAUUUCAACAAGGAGACUAAAAAACUAAUCAAGGAUUUGGGAAAACUAGAAACUGAAAAGGACAAGAGCUUUGAAGUUAAUUUGAUUGAUAGAGAAAGCAAGAUUGCAUUACAAAGGAAAAAGUAUAAAUACGAAAUUUCAGAACAAGUGAUUAAGUACUUGGAUUCUAAAGUUCAGCGAAACGAUAGUCAUCAAGAAAAUAGAAAGGAAAAUGAGGCAACUUACGUUGAACAGCCUUUCAAGAUUGCAGAAAAGAAGAAAAUUGACCUAAGAGGUGCCAAAAUUGUUUCACCUUUAACAACAGUUGGUAAUUUACCGUUUCGUCGACUUAUGAAAACUUUGGGAGCUGAUGUCACAUAUUCUGAAAUGGCACUCUCGGUGCCUUUGAUACAGGGGCAUCAACCAGAAUGGGCUUUGCCUAAAGCACACAUAAGCGAGCAUCCAGGAUUUGGUGUUCAAAUAGCCAGCUCGAAACACUGGGCAGCUGCAAAAGCAGCUGAGGUUAUCUAUAGAACCACUCAACAUGUUAGCGAGUUGAAUCUAAACUGUGGCUGUCCAAUUGACUUGCUAUACAAACUGGGACAAGGUUCAGCGUUAUUGGAUCAAACUCCGAGACUAUUGCGUAUAGUGAAAGCCAUGAACGGAUCAUCGGGCGAUAUUCCUGUUACGAUCAAGAUUCGAACAGGUGUGAAGGAAAACAAAAACACGGCGGCACAUCUUGUGGAUAGGGUGUUAAACGAGACCCAAGUUGCAGCAAUCACCUUACAUGGAAGAUCGAGGCAACAAAGGUAUACUAAGGAAGCCGAUUGGGACUACAUAGAAGAAGUAGGUAAAGUUGUUAAGAAUUGGAAUGAGAAGAGAGAAGAAGAUAAGGAAGGUAGAGACACAAACCCAACCUGGUUUGUUGGCAAUGGAGAUGUUUAUACAUAUGAGGACUGGUAUAACGGAGUUGCAAGAGAAGGCGUGGACUCGGUAAUGGUGGCGAGAGGAGCAUUGAUCAAGCCAUGGCUUUUUGAAGAAGUUGAAGCACAACAAUAUUUGGACAAAUCCUCAAGCGAAAGGUUAUCCAUGUUGGAUAAGUUUGCAAAAUUUGCAAUUGAACAUUGGGGAUCUGAUGAGUAUGGUGUCAAUAGUGCUCGGAGAUUUAUGUGUGAGUUUCUCAGUUUUACACAUAGGUAUAUACCAGUAGGCAUUAUGGAGAGACUACCACCGAAAUUGAAUGAAAGGUCGCCCAAAUUUGUGGGCAGAAAUGAGAUGGAGACAUUGCUUUCAUCAUCAGACUACAAAGACUGGAUAAAGAUUACAGAGAUGUUUUUGGGCAAAGCUGGUGAAGAUUUCCAGUUUGUACCCAAGCAUAAGAGCAAUGCCUAUGAAAAUACUGAGAACAGAUAG